AUGGCAGCAGCAUCUUCGAACAACGGCGAUAAACUUUCACUUGGUUUGGAUGAUAUUAUACGUUUGGAUCGAACAACGGGGCCGAGACGGCGAGGUGGAGCGGGAGGUGGUAGUCGUGGAUUUCGCGGAGGAUUUAGAGGACGUGGUGGAUUUAAUCGUGGAUCAUUUAAUGGAUUUAGAAGGGGAUCAGGAACACAACGACCAAGUGGCACACCUCAAGGCCGAUGGCAACAUGAUUUAUACGAAGAAAAUCAAUCUUUUAAUAAAGUUCGCCCACAGCGUCAAACGGGCGGGGCAAAUACAACAGCCAAAUUACUUAUAUCGAAUCUUGACUAUGGAGUUACAACAAAUGACAUACAAGAAUUAUUUGAAGAUGUUGGACCAAUCAGAACAGCUCGAGUACAUUAUGAUAAAAGUGGAAGAUCUUUAGGAACAGCAGAAGUGGUAUUUGAAAGAAGACCAGAUGCAAUUACAGCACAACAAAAAUAUAAUACAUUAAAUUUAGAUGGUCGUCCAAUGGACAUUCGUCUUGUCCGAUUUGAAGAUAAUCUAAAUUUACAAUCUCAACAAACUCGAAAUUCUUCUUAUAAUGAUGGAAAUGAUUCUACACAAUCUUAUCGAAGAGGAGGAGAUGGUAAUCGUACAGGUAAUGCCGGUAAUUCGAAUGGAUAUGGUCGUGUUAUGCGUCGAACAAAUAUGCAGAAUGGUGGUGGUAGAGGACGAGGACGACAGCAAAACGGAGGAGCUCAGCGCAAUAAUAAUAAUAAUGAUCAAUCGUCGGCAGUAACAGUUGAAGAUUUAGAUGCGGAUUUAGAUGCUUAUCGUCAAGAAAAUAAGAAGAAAUAA